ACCACCUCCACUACCACUACCACCUCCACUACCAACUCCACUACCACCUCCACUACCACCACCACUACCACUACCACCUCCACUACCACUACCACCUCCACUACCAACUCCACUACCACUACCACCUCCACUACCAACUCCACUACCACUACCACCUCCACUACCAACUCCACUACCACUACCACCUCCACUACCACUACCACCUCCACCACCACUACCACUACCACCUCCACUACAACCACCACUACCAAUACCACUACCACCUCCACUACCACCUCCACUACCAAUACCACUACCACCUCCACUACCACCUCCAGUACCAAUACCACUACCACCUCCACCACUACCACCUCCACUACCACCUCCACUACCAAUACCACUACCACCUCCACUACCAAUACCACUACCACCUCCACUACCACCUCCACUACUACCAGCUCCACUACCACUACCACUACCACCUCCACUACUACUACCUCCACUACCACCUCCACUACCACUACCUCCUCCACUACCACUACCACCACUACCACCUACUCUACCACCUCCACUACCACUACCACCUCCACUACCAACUCCACUACCACUACCACCUCCACUACCACCUCCACUACUACCACCUCCACUACCAGUACCACUACCACCUCCACUACUACCACCUCCACUACCACCUCCACUACCAAUACCGCCUCCACCACUACCACCUCCUCCACUACCACCUCCACUACCACCUCCACUACCACUACCACCUCCACUACCACCUCCACUACCACCUCCACUACCACUACCACCUCCACUACCACCUCCACUACCACUACCACCUCCACUAUCACCUCCACUACCACUACCACCUCCACUACCACCUCCACUACCACUACCACCUCCACUAUCAGCACCACUACCACCUCCACUACCACCACUAUCUCCACUACCACCUCCACUACCAUCUCCACUACCACCUCCACUACCACCUCCACUACCACCACUAUCUCCACUACCACCUCCACUACCACUACCACCUCCACUACCACCUCCACUACCACUACCAUCUCCACUACCACUACCACCUCCACUACCACCUCCACUACCACUACCACCUCCACUACCACCUCCACUACUACCACUUCCACUACCAGUACCACUACCACCUCCACUACUACCACCUCCACUACCACCUCCACUACCAAUACCGCCUCCACCACUACCACCUCCUCCACUACCACCUCCACUACCACCUCCACUACCACUACCACCUCCACUACCACCUCCACUACCACUACCACCUCCACUACCACUACCACCUCCACUAACACCUCCACUACCACCUCCACUACCACUUCCACUACCACCUCCACUACCACUACCACCUCCACUACCACCUCCACUACCACUACCACCUCCACUACCACCUCCACUACCACUACCACCUCCACUACCACUACCACCUCCACUACCACUACCACCUCUACUACCACCUCCACUACCACUACCACUACCACCUCCACUACCACCUCCACUACCACUACCACCUCCACUACCACUACCAACUCCACUACCACCUCCACUACCACCUCCACUACCACCUCCACUACCACCUCCACUACAACCUCCACUAUCACUACCACCUUCACUACCAACUCCACUACCAUCACCACUACCACCUCUACUACCACCUCCACUACCACCACCACUACCACUACCACCUCCACUACCACUACCACCACCACUACCACCUCCACUACCACUACCUCUACCACUACCACCUCCACUACCACCUCCACUACCACCUCCACUACCACCUCCACUACCACUACCACCUCCACUACAACCACCACUACCACUACCACCUCCACUACCAAUACCACUACCACCUCCACUACCACCUCCAUUACUACCAGCUCCACUACCACUACCACUACCACCUCCACUACUACUACCUCCACUACCACCUCCACUACCACUACCUCCUCCACUACCACUACCACCACUACCACCUACUCUACCACCUCCACUACCACUACCACCUCCACUACCAACUCCACUACCACUACCACCUCCACUACCACCUCCACUACUACCACCUCCACUACCAGUACCACUACCACCUCCACUACUACCACCUCCACUACCACCUCCACUACCAAUACCACCUCCACCACUACCACCUCCUCCACUACCACCUCCACUACCACCUCCACUACCACUACCACCUCCACUACCACUACCACCUCCACUACCACCUCCACUACCACUACCACCUCCACUAUCAGCUCCACUACCACUACCAUCUCCACUACCACCUCCACUACCACUACCACCUCCACUACUACCACUACCACCUCCACUACCACCUCCAACUCCACUACCACCUCCACCUCCACUACCACUACCACCUCCACUACCACCUCCAACUCCACUACCACCUCCACCUCCACUACCACCUCCACCUCCACCUCCACCUCCACUACCACUACCACCUACACCACUACCACCUCCACCACCACCUCCACCACCUCCACCACUACCACUACCACCUCCACUACCACCUAUACUUCCACCACC